AUGAAUCUGGUUGCCCACUUACAAGAGCAAUCCUUUGGGUUCUCGGGCCUUACUACUAUAACUGGUGCUCCUGACAGUAAUGCCCUGUCGAGCACGACUAGCUUGCAUAGCAACUUUAUUAGUAAUUGGGUUGAGUUCCCAGACCCGAUUGUGUCUGAUAGUGAUCUCAGAAGGCACAACGAGGCGUCAAAUCCUGCCUUUGAACCAAGCAACCUUGGUCAGUACACCUUUGCAGACAGUGUUACCGGAGUCGAAAAUUCGUGUCUAUUGUCCGGUUCGAGGCCUGAACGUUAUUGCGCUUCAAAUUAUGCAGGACAUGAAGGGUCGAUGCAUCCAGCCACUACUGUCGAUCCUUCUCUUCUCUUCCCCCCUUCUACCAACAAAUUUCAGGUUGGCUCCUCCUCUGAUAUACUCAACAACGUGGCAGAAACCUCUGUGCCUAUAUGGGACACUAACCCACUAUGGUUUUCCAAAGCCAUAUCUCCAGAGUGGGAAGAAGAUGAUAUCCUCCCUCUUGGCAGAGACAAGGAGAGGGGCAUUGCCCUCGAAGGGCUCCACAAACGAAAAGCAGAAAAUGUCUUGCACUAA